CGCGUCCUCGCUACACGUGUAGGCGGUUCUUCUUGCCGAUAGAUACAGCAUCCGAACAGGAUAUUCUCAUCGCACUAGAACUAGUCGGUCGUCAUUCGCGUUCCAACCGUCAAUAGAGUUGCACGUGUUUUUCCGCAAUAAUACCGCGCUUGGUGGUGUCGGUCGGUGGGUCUACCUUUGCUUUACUGUGGCGUGAUUGUGACUAGAAAAGUGGUUCGACAACGUACGACGCGUUUGCAGCAAUCAAACUGAGCCGCGUAUCGGCCAGGGAACCGAGUGUGGGAGUGGUUUACUGAAGAGGACGCACACAUUCGCUGCAGUGUUCCUUUGAGCCCAGUUAAUACUUGGAUGGCAACAUUUUAAGUAUUGUGAAUUCAAAUUGUUCAAGAUUAGCGUCAAUGAAAUUUAUAUCAGGCUGAUAAGGUGAGCUGAGUUCCAUAUCUGGACAGUGAUGUCGCAUUAAAGGGUUGUGUUUGUGUUGAACACAGGUUUAUUGACAGUUAAUCGCAUUUUGAGUGAUUAUUUUGAAGAGCCCCGCUUUGCCGGAGCGUGAGUGAUACCGGAUUUACUACGAUAGCUAGUUGUGUACUGAUAACGUCGAAGAACGACCAUUUAGUGUGAAGCCAUAAAUCCUAAAUGGUUUUAUGAGUGAACCGAUCGGCAUCUAGUGAUUAUCAUCACGUUGUAACGCAUCAUUGUUCAAGGUGGACCGAGCGGGAAUCCCAAAAGCACAUUGCAACUCGUUAAAACUUUGGAUCGCACUACUAUCUACCAACCGACUGCGAAAGAGGACGGAAAGUCUAAAACUCCACAAGCCACCCUAUCUCAGUUCCACACCGCAGCCUCCUAUGAUUCCAUCACUAACUGAAACCCUCCCACCACUACGCAUGCCGCUGCUGCUGUAAAUAGAGCUGCUUUUCUGGUUGCAUACUUACAGGAUAGUACCAACUCCUAGCGAGCAUUUUUGGUCGCUGCUUUUCCAACCCAACGACGACUUCAACCUGCAUAGCUGUUUGCCAUUCCAUCUCGCACCAAUCCGGCAAAUUUUCGCGAAAGCAAAAACCAAACGAAAAUCUGCGUUUUAUAGAAUUUUAUUAAUAUUUAACGAGGCCAAAAUUGAAUCACGAAAACGACAAAUCAGAUAUACAAUUCCAAUCGAAGAAGGACGAAAUUAAAGGAUGCAAAGCGCAAUCUGAUUAUCAUUACGAUGCACCAGCAAUCGAUUUCAAGUCUAUUUUCGGUGCAAUAAUCGGAGCUGGCGAAUCGAUUUGCUUCUAAAAAUGUCUGUAUAAUACAAUCGAUAUACGAGGACUGAGAGUGAGAAAUUGCCAACAGAACAGGUUGUUUGCUGGGUAUAGCAUCCAUUCUCCACAAUAGGAUAGUCGUGCAAUAACAAUAAUGACAAUAAUAAUAGUACCUUAUAGCGCAUAGAGGAUCUAUACCAUCCACCCACCAAAACACCCCUCGAAUUGAAACAAAAAGUCAUUUAGGAAAUACGAAAAAAAAGUAAUUGCAACGAGUAACCUUGAUAUCAUACAAAGAUAGUAUUUUUUGCCCGAAACGAAGACCAAAGAUUGGAACGCGAAAAGCGGUAUUUUGACCUGACAGUAAAUAGUUCAAUAAGAGCUCUCUUUUUUAACAUCACGAUGGAUCUAAAGCACUCAAACGUUCCGGAAGUUACGGUAGUAGCUGACGCAUACAUGCCUGGUAGUAAAUCUUCCGAUUUAAUCAAACCACCUAUCAACGGAUCCAGCGCAACGUUGGACACCCCAACAUUACCACCAGGAGAGUUCAAGGUGUACAAACGGCGAUGGCUGGUGCUGGCAAUCUUCGUAAUGUAUUCCGCCUCGAAUGCACUCCAGUGGAUCCAGUACAGUAUUAUAGCAAACAUAGUUCAAAGAUACUACGACAUUACCAGCACGUGGGUCGACUGGACGUCGAUGAUUUUCAUGAUUCUCUACAUUCCGCUCAUCUUUCCGGCCAGCUGGAUCCUGGAUAAACUGGGCCUACGGAUCGCAGCAAUCAGCGGUGUGCUGGGCACUUGCCUGGGCGCAUGGAUCAAAUGUUUCUCGGUCCGGCCGGAUCUGUUCUGGGUCGGAUUCAUCGGGCAAUCAAUCGUGGCGGCAUCGCAGGUGUUUAUCCUUUCGUUGCCGGCAAAAGUAGCAGCAGUAUGGUUCGGUCCGGAUCAGGUCUCAUCUGCGUGCAGUAUCGGCGUUUUCGGAAAUCAGCUCGGCAUCGCAGUUGGCUUUCUUUUACCGCCCGUGCUCGUUCAAAAUCACGCCGAUUUGAAUCUAGUAGGCGAUGAUUUGAGGCUCAUGUUCUACAUCGUGGCCGGUUUUACCAGCCUGCUGGUGGUGCUGGUUUUCAUCUUCUUCAAGGCGGCACCUCCGACGCCUCCAUCGGCAGCCCAGGAAGCGACCAAGACGCCGAAUCCGCUCCAGUCGUCCCCGUUCCUGCACUCCAUCAAGCGGUUGGUCCUGAACCGAAACUACGUCCUGCUGCUGGUAUCCUACGGCAUGAACGUCGGUGUGUUCUACGCCAUAUCAACCCUUCUGAACCAGAUCGUCCUUACUCACUACCCGGGCCACGAGGUGGACGCCGGUCGCAUCGGCGUCUGUAUCGUUUUCGCUGGGAUGCUGGGAUCCGUCGCUUGCGGUAUCGUGCUCGAUAAGACACAUCGAUUCAAGGAGACAACUUUGGCUGUGUAUAUCUUCACCAUGAUAGGAAUGUGGAUUUACACUUUCACCCUAUCCGUCGGACACAUCGCAGUGGUUUACGUUACGUCGUCACUAUUGGGAUUCUUCAUGACCGGGUAUCUACCGGUAGGCUUUGAGUUUGCCGCCGAGCUGACCUAUCCGGAACCGGAGGGCACUUCCACCGGGCUGCUGAAUGCUGCGGCGCAAGUGUUUGGCAUCGCUUUCACCAUGAUCUACUCGGAGAUUCUCAACAGCACCGGUGACGUGAUUGCGAACGUAACGAUGGCUGUGAUGCUGUUUCUUGGUUCGGCCGUUACGGCCAUCAUCAAGUCGGACCUGCGACGCCAGGCGGCCCAGAAUCCGAGCGGAGCCUAAGGCGCCACCCAUCGUGUUUGUGCUGUCGUCAUGCUUGGUAAGACACAUCAGUCGGGCAUGUAAUAAGUUUUCUUUUUAUUGAACAGAGACAUUUUCGAAAUGCAAAGUGAUGGUUAGAACUGUA